AUGAACUACGAAAUCAAAGCAUACAAUUCUUGGAUUGUACGCGGUAUUUUGAAACAGUGUGAUAGCAUGGAAGUAAUCCGGAAUGAAUGGGAGCAAACUAUAAAUGCGCAAAAGUUUAAAGCUUCGGUUUUUUAUAAGGUGCUGAUUGAUGAUGGCACAAGGGUGCUAUGGGGGAAAUUGAUAAAGUUCAACAAGGCCCGACCGCGUACUGUUUUUUGCUUAUGGCAAGCUUGUCAUGGGAAGCUUGCAACCAAGGAUAGGCUGAAACGGUUUGGGAUGAUUGAGGACAACAGCUACAAAUUAUGCCAGGCUGAGGGUGAAACGUUGAAUCACCUUUUUUUCUCCUGUCAGGAGACAAAACACAUAUGGAAGGAAGUGCUUAAAUGGUUUAACAUUCCUCAUGAACCUCAACCAUGGGAUGCAGAACUGAUUUGGAUCAACAAUAUCACAAAGGGAAAGGGGUGGAAAGGCGAAGUUUUGAAGAUGUUAGUAGCUGAAACCAUUUACAACAUCUGGGGAUAUAGGAAUGACAAAACUUUUGGAAACACUGUAGAUAAUACAACCACAAUUACUAACAUCAUAGAUCAUGUGAUCUACCGAGGGUGGAACAACAGUAGGAUUAGAAAACAUCUCGUUAGUUUUAUGAUGUAA